CAUUUGUUGUGUGCUUUGAGUUUGUUCUCCAUUUCUAUCAACAAUGGAAUAUUUCCAGAACGCCACGAUCUGCAUUUCUCGAUCGCGCGCCACACCAUUUCCACUUCCACUUUCUCGCGCGUGAACCUCAAUCGCCGCCGUUCACUUCCUCUUCUUCUGAUUUGAUUAUACAUCACUGUAAUGGAGGAUUGAAAACCGCAUUCAUCAGCAUCAGCAUCCAAAUCGUGUUUGAUUCGGCGGAAUUUGAGGGUGGCGGCGUCGUGAAGCAAUGUCUACCACCACCAGGAAUGAGCAGCACCACCAGACGGUUCCUCUUUCGGUGUUGCUGAAGCGUGAAUUGGCGAGUGAGAGGAUUGAGAAGCCUGAGAUUGUUCAUGGUCAAGCGGGGCAGAGUAAGAAAGGGGAGGAUUUCACGCUGCUCAAGGCCGAGUGCCAGAGGAUGGUCGGUGAUGGAGUCUCUACGUAUUCCGUUUUUGGGCUAUUUGACGGACACAAUGGAUCUGCUGCUGCUAUUUAUACUAAGGAGAAUCUGCUAAAUAAUGUUUUAGGCGCCAUUCCUUCAGAUCUUAACCGAGAUGAGUGGAUAGCAGCAUUGCCUAGAGCUAUGGUUGCAGGCUUUGUAAAAACUGAUAAAGAUUUUCAAGAGAAAGCACAAAAAUCAGGAACAACUGUCACCUUUGUGAUUAUAGAAGGAUGGGUUGUAACAGUUGCGUCAGUUGGUGAUUCUCGUUGCGUACUUGAAUCUUCUGAUGGUGGAAUUUAUUACUUGUCAGCAGAUCAUAGGCUAGAAACAAAUGAAGAGGAGAGGAUGCGCAUCACCUCAAGUGGGGGUGAGGUUGGUCGGCUAAAUACUGGGGGAGGUGCAGAGGUUGGUCCUUUGAGAUGUUGGCCUGGUGGAUUGUGUCUUUCAAGAUCUAUUGGAGAUAUGGAUAUUGGUGAAUUUGUUGUCCCUGUACCGCAUGUAAAGCAAGUGAAGCUGUCCACUGCUGGAGGCCGGCUUGUUAUCUGCAGUGAUGGUGUUUGGGAUUCUUUACCUGCAGAAGUGGCCCUUGAUUGUUGUCGGGGCAUGUCAGCCGAGGCUGCUGCACCACAUAUUGUUAAAGAAGCUUUACAAGCAAAGGGACUUAGAGAUGAUACUACUUGCAUCGUCGUUGAUAUAUUACCUCAGGAGAAGCCACCUGUAUCUGUGCCACUACAAAAGAAGCCAGUAAAAGUAAUGCUCAAGUCCAUGUUUCGUAAAAAGUCUUCUGAAUCAUCUUCUUAUAUGGACAAAGAAUACUUAGAGCCAGAUGUAGUAGUGGAACUGCAUGAGGAAGGAUCUGCUAUGCUUUCAGAGAGGUUAGAUACUAAAUAUCCACUCUGCAACAUGUUCAAGUUGUUCAUGUGUGCAGUAUGUCAAGUAGAGAUAAAACCGGGAGAGGGUAUUUCGAUACACGAGGGCUUGCCCAACGUGAGAAAAUUGCGUCCCUGGGAUGGACCUUUCCUUUGUUCAAGUUGCCAAGAGAAGAAAGAAGCCAUGGAGGGGAAAAGACAAUCAGAUAGACUUAGCAGUGGAAGUGAAUGAUCUCUCAUGUAUAUUUGCAUUUUGAGAGUGAUAGAAAUUGUUCAUAUGAUGGGAAGUUUGAACUUCCAAGCAACAGCGACUCCCUUCUAUUAUCACAGGGGCUUUAUAUCGUUCUAAUUUGGAAUUCCACUUGAAAAUACAUAUCAAAAUCAAUAGCAGCUCUUGAAGAUUUUUGACAUGGAGGUAUGGAAUACCAGGAUUGUGAAAGGUUUUUGUGUUAAAAGUGGUAGUGCACAACAGGAAGUGGAGGCAAUUCAUUCUUUUUUCAUGUUUCUUUCUCUGGGAUCCUUUUAUUUUGUAUAUGGGUCCUUUGUAAUCACACUAGACUUUUGAUGAAAGUGGUCUUUGUUAA